AUGAUUCAAGAGACCCUAGAAGUUUCUGAUCGGGUCCUUAUGGCCUUCUCAUGGUACUUGAAUCUUCCGAUCGAGAGCGGGAAGUCCAAAGCGGAAUACCAAUCGCCUUUAUUCUUGCAUCCUCCUGUCCCAGCCCAGCCAUCUUGGCAAAUGUCGGAUUCUGCAAUUGAACUUGUUGCUUUAUCUACCUCGCAAUGUAUGACACACAGUAGCUCAAAUUGA